AUGGCGAAGGCGGUCGCAUCUGGCAUGACUAAACUGAGAAUCGAGGAAGCGGCUGCUAAGAAGCAAGCCCGAAUCGACUCUGGCAAGGACGUCAUCGUCGGUGUGAACAAGUACCGCCUUGACCAAGAGACGAAAGUCGAUGUGCUUCACGUUGAUAACCAGAAAGUACGUGAACAACAAAUUGCCAAGCUGGAACACAUUCGCAAGACUAGGGACCCGCAGAGAGCUAAGGCAGCCCUCGAAGCGAUCACUGAGGGAGCUGCUGGCAAUGGAAACCUCAUGGCUUUGGCUAUUGAAGCGUCUCGCGCACGAUGCACUGUUGGUGAAAUUAGCGACGCCAUGGAGAAAGUCUUCACCCGUAGCACCCUUCAGCAUUGCUGCUGUCAAACAAUGCGUGUCAGGUUCGCCUUAAAAUCAGAAGUCGGGAAGACAGAAACGGACGAGCUCGCUCAGGUUAUGGAACGUGUGAAAGCUUUUGCUGCGAAGGAAGGUCGUCAACCGCGCCUCAUGGUAGCCAAGAUGGGUCAAGAUGCCAUAGAUCAAUGUUUUCCGGAUUUGAUGGACGUUGGACCGUUGUUCCAAACCCCAGCCGAAGCUGCUCAGCAAGCUGUCGACGCAGACGUUCAUGUGAUCGGAGCAAGCAGUCUGGCUGCCGGACAUCUGACCCUUGUGCCUCAAUUGGUUCAGGAACUCGCCAAGCUGGGAAGAGAGGACAUCCUUGUAGUUGUCGGUGGUGUGAUUCCUCCACAGGAUUACGAUGCCCUCUAUAAGGCCGGUGCUGCUCUGAUCUUCGGACCUGGAACAAGACUACCAGCUUGCGCCAAUCAGGUGCUUGACAAGCUCGAAGCCGGUCCGGAAAAGCAGGCCGCCAAGUCAUAA